GGGGUCCAGAUGUGCACACACUAGCGCGUCAUCCUGAAAUAAGUUCGUCCGGAUCAAGCGGGAAGAUGCCGAGUAACGGUGCACCGCGGGGGCGGCUUGGAAAUCCUGACCGGUCACGGCCCAAGGAGUGUGCAGCUACGUUCUCGGUGACGCAAGAAGUGGUCGAGUUGGCGGGGCCAGGCACGCUGUCCCUAUUCUAUCGAGCUUGUGACACCGACGGAGGUUACAUUAUACUGCGCCCUGGACGAAUCAUUAGGGACUUGCUGAGAGGAUCAAGACGAGUCUGGUGUGAUCAACAUCAGUGCUCUUCAAUGAACUCUGAAGCCUUGGAACUGUUCACUGUUCAGCAAGGUUGGCGCAUGGACAGAUCAAUCACAUCGAAUGACCAGGGCUCAUCGCCCAGACUGCGUUGUCUUAUUUGGUCAAAUAUGGGUUUGAAAGAUCUUGAGCUGUUGGUUGCACUCGCGUCGUGUGAUGAAAUGCCGGGUUAUGAGCAGGGAAUCUUCGUGAGCCACGGCGAAUGUCUUCCGUGCCAUCUAGCGGCAGCGACGGUUAUGGUGCCAGUGUCCAGCCCUGGUCACGAAGCUCAGGCGGCGUCCGAGUAUCAAGUCUUAUUGCACAGGGUCGCAUAUUUUAUAUAAGGCCCGAACACAUGACGGAAAGUCCAAAUUUGAUUGGUGUUGGGUUUUAAUGCGUAUCCGU